UCUCAAGUAAUACUUUAUUACCUCUUCCCAUCCAAAACCAAAAAUGAAGUUCUUCACCGCCGCUGCUGCCCUUUUCACCGUCUUCGCCGUUUCCGCCGUUGCUCGUCCCAACUACGAUCAUUACUCUGACCACCACAGCGAUGGUCGCCGUGGUGGUGGUGACGACGACAUUACCAUCCAUGGCUGCAAAGGUCAAGGCGAUAUCACUGGCGUUCUCCCCGCCGUCCUCCAGGCAGGUAUCCUUUCGAACAACAAGAAGUACUGUAUCCAGACAGUCGACGACACCGACCACUAGAUCAAUUAUUAGUAGUAGACCACAACAGCACGAAUUUUACAGCUCCCUCUUCUUUUUUCUUAUCUAACCCUUUAGCAUACAUUUGAAGUGCAUAUCCAUAUCAAAUAAAUUUA